GGCGCGCAGGCGCACUGUGUUUAGCCGUGUCGCUUAGCUACGACUCUUUCUGGACUGAAAGAUUGGAAACCGCGGAGCUUCCCAACUGGGAUAUUGUGGGGGAACUGCUUAGGCUUAUCUGUAGCAUUAGUAUUGGGUUUCGGGGACAGUGAAGAGCCGAGGGAGAGGUGAGGUGUGUUUGAAGCCCGUGGGCUCUGUGAUGAAGAAGAUUUUUGGCUUCGGGAGUAAGAAGGGCGAGUCGCCCUUAGGCUCCUCCAUCAGUCCGGGGAGAGACGGCGGUCAUAGAAUCAACCUCCAGCCGGGGUAUCGCAUCCGAGACAAGGACCUCGGAAAGAUCCACAAAGCUGCCAUUGUAGGGAACGUAGCCAAAGUGCAGCAGAUUCUGUUGCUGGGGAAGAAUGGCCUGAACGACAGGGACAAGAUGAACAGGACUGCGCUCCACUUGGCCUGUGCCAAUGGCCAUUCAGCGGUGGUCACUCUGCUCCUGGAGAGAAAAUGCCUGCUUAACCUCUGUGACAAUGAAAACAGGACCGCGCUGAUGAAGGCCGUAGAAUGCCAAGAAGAGGAGUGUGCGACUCUUCUGCUGGAGCAUGGUGCCGACCCAAAUGUCAUGGACGUCAGUGGGAACACCGCUCUCCACUAUGCUGUCUUUUGCCAGAAUAUAUCACUCGCAGCAAAGCUGCUUUCCUACGACGCCAAUAUAGAAGCCAGGAACAAGGAUGACCUCACACCGCUGUCACUUGCUAUGAGGGAAAGGAAACAGCAAAUGGUGGAGUUUUUAGCAAAGAAAGAAGCAAAUAUACAUGCGGUUGAUAAGAUGCAAAGCAUUCGCCAACUGAUUUCUGAGUAUAAAGAAGAGAGACCUAAAACUCCUCCUGAAAACAGCAACCCAGAGGAUGAAAGUUCUGAAGAAGACUCUUUAAGCAGGUUUUCCAACAAACCUGGUGUUGAUUCAUGGCCUACAUCAGAUGAUGAAGACUUAGAUUUGGAAACCAAGAAUGUCCUGAAACCAAACUUAACAAAGCUAAUGAAUGCUUCUCAGCAAUCCAAGAGAAACAUGGAAGCAAAAUGUGGCAUUGUGAGACCAGAGACUACAACCUUCUCUGAGGACAAUGAUUCUGAUAGUGAAAUUGAAGAUGUGGUUGAAACCGUUCCCGAACCAUCAUCUGUAGUCCAGGACUUCUCUCAUCCUGCCUUCCCACCGGCUGAGCCUCUUCCACAACCUCUCAAGUCUCUUGCGGGCCUUGGUCUCACACAGGAAGGAGCCACAAAGCCAGAGAUUGUAGACAAAGAAAGUGAUACAGAUAUUAUCGAAAGGGCUCCACAAGAGCAAAUAAAUCAUGACCAUUUGAGUUCUGUUGAUGGAACACACAAAAAUAAUAGAAGUGAUAUGAUGUCAGCCUUAGGUUUGGGAGAAGAGGAAGAUAUAGAAUCACCUUGGGAUUCUGAGAGUGUCUCUGAGAGCCUUCCACGGAAGUAUGUGGAUCUUUUAUCUGGAGCUGCUGGUCAAAGAGGAAAAAAUACGUUAAAUGAACAAGUAGAAGAUGUGUCUUAUAUACCUUCUUGCAUGAUUGGAUCGAGAAACUUUAAGAUGGCUAAACUAGAGGAGCCAAGACAUGUAGGCAUACCAGUAGCCCACAUGGAUUCUCCUGAGAAAUAUCAUAACGUGAAGCCUGCAGUCUUAGUGAAAGAUUCUGUUCCUAAUAAAACAGUCGGAAUGAAGGAUUUACAAACAUCCACUUCAGAUUUGUCGGCAGAACUAGACUUAGAAAUGACAUCAGAGGAAGAAGAAGAAAAACCUGUUGGAGAUGAAAACCAUUCCCAGGUUGAAGAAGAAAAGAAGCAGCACAAAAGUAGUGAAGUGGAAAUAUCAGACAAUGUAUGUGAUACUGCUGAUGAGAGUGGAUUGAUUCAGCAGAGAAAAAGUGGAGGAAACAGCAGUCAGGAGUUUGCUGCUAUGGAGAAUGAAGGUUCUGAUAGUAGCGAUCCUGACGUGCCUAGGAAGGAAGUAAAGAGAAAGGUCAAUAGCAAAUGGACACCAGAAGAACGUGUGACUGCCCCAAUAUUGGAAAAGACCGGUUCACUGACUGGUGGUCUGCUGCACAUGAAUGAUGACGGCAUUUUAAGUGAAGUGGAUCAGGAUGAUGACAGGCCUGCAAAGAAAACAUCUAAUGAAAAUAACAAGGUCAAAGAACAAAUUAAUUCUGUGGAUGACCUUGAUGACUUAACCCAGUCAUCUGAAACAGCUUCCGAGGAUGGCGAGUUGCUUUACUAUAAGAAUUCCAUGUUGCUAAUUGAACAACUUGACACAGGGUGUAAAGAUUCUGUUAGCUUGUUGAAAAUCCGGGAUACGAUUCUUUCGUAUGAAAGAUUAGUAGAACUUAAAAAAAGCCACUGUGAACUGCUUAGAGGAAAGAUUAAAAAAAUGGAAAGUAAGGUUCGUGGGCUACAGAAAGAGCUGUCAGAAACAAAAGAAGUGAAAUCACAGUUAGAGCAUCAGAAAGUGGAGUGGGAACGUGAGCUCGGCAGCUUGAGAUUCACCUUAAAGCAAGAAGAAGAGCAGAGAAGAAAUGCCGAUAUGUUGUAUGAAAAAAUUAGGGAGCAGUUAAGAAGAAAAGAAGACCAAUAUAGUAAAGAAGUGGAAAUGAAACAGCAACUUGAACUCACUCUCAGAGCACUAGAAAUGGAACUGAAGACUGUGAGAAAUGAUCUGAAUCAGGUUAUAGAAGAGCGAAAUGACACUCAGAAGCAGCUUUCUCGAGAACGGAAUGCCAGAAUCUUACAGGAUGGAAUUCUGGCCAAUCACCUUGCCAAACAAAAGGAGAUAGAAAUGGCUAAUAAGGAAAUGAACUCUGAGGUUUCUGAUAGUUGUGAAGAAGCAAAAGAUCUGUUGCACAAAAACCACAUGCUGCAGGAGGAAAUUGCCAUGCUAAGACUGGAGAUAGAUGCAGUGAAAAUUCAGAACCAGGAAAAGGAAAAGAAAUAUUUUGAGGACAUUGAAAUUGUAAAAGGAAAGAAUGAUGAUCUUCAAAAGGCAAUAAAACUGAAUGAGGAAACGUUAACAAAGACUACAUCCCACUAUACAGGCCAGCUUAAUGCUCUGACAGCUGAGAAUACAAUGCUAAACUCUAAGCUGGAGAACGAAAAAGAAAGCAAACAAAGACUGGAGACGGAAGUGGAAUCCUACCGUGCUAGACUGGCUGCUGCCUCACACGAUCAUGAUCAAUGUCAGACAUCAAAAAGAGACCUGGAACUUGCCUUCCAGAGAGCAAGAGACGAGUGGUUACACUUGCAGGAGAAAAUGAAGUCCGAUGCGGCUAAUCUAAAAGAUAACAACGAGAUGCUUUCCCAGCAGCUUUCUAGAGCGGAAAGUAAGUUCAAUAACCUAGAAAUUAAGCUGCAUCACACUAGAGAUUCUCUCAGAGAAAAGAUUUUGAUGUUAGAACGUGUCCAGAGAGACCUAAGCCAAACCGAGUGUCAAAAACAGGAAAUUGAACACAUGUAUCAGAACGAACAAGGCAAAGUGAAUAAAUAUAUUGGAAAGCAGGAAUCCUUAGAGGAGAGAUUAUCUCAGCUCCAGAGUGAAAACAUGCUGCUCCGACAGCAACUGGACGAUGCACAAAACAGAGCCGACAGCAGAGAGAAGACGGUCAUCAGCAUCCAAGACCAGUUUCAGCAGAUCGUGAGAAAACUUCAGGCCGAACGUGAGAAACAAGGUGUGAUGCUGGAGGAACGAAACAAGGAGUUAGUCAAGGAACGUAAUCAUUUAAAAGAGAGAAUGUGUCAGUAUGAAAAUGAGAAAGCAGAAAGAGAAGCAGGUGUGAGACAACUUCAGCAAGAACUGGCUGAUACCCUGAAAAAGCAGUCUAUGUCAGAGGCGUCACUGGAGGUCUUGUCACGUUAUCGUGCCAACUUAGAAGUUGAGGCACAGGAUUUAAAGAAGAAAUUAGGUCAACUCACAAGUCAGUUGCAAGAAGCACAGGAUCAACUUACAGAGGCUGUGAGAUGUGCUGAGAAAACACAGGAUCACGUCCAAAAGCUUGAAAUUGAAAAUGCCGAGUUACAAACUACAGUCAAAAAGCAAGCAGGCAAAAUUGAACAGCUUCAGAAAAACCUGUUAAGUACAAGAUCGUCUGAGGAUGAAAAGGAGCAAUUAAAGAAAUACAUUGAAUUAAAACAAUCUCUGGAAAAUAGCUUGGACCAAGAAAAGAAGAAAAACAGUGAGUUAGAAAAAGAGAUUGCUGGAUUUAAGAAACUCUUAAAAAUGACAAGAAGGAAGUUAAAUGAAUAUGAAAAUGGAGAGCUUAGUUUCCAUGGAGAUUUAAAAACCAGUCAAACUGAAAUGGAUAUUCAAAUUAAUAAACUAAAACAUAAGAUUGAUGAUCUUACAGCAGAGCUGGAAACUGCAUCUUCAAAAUGUCUGCACCUGGAUGCAAAAAAUCAAGUUCUUCGAGAGGAGUUAUUAUCUAUGAAAGGAAUGCAAAAGAAAUGUGAAAAACUAGAGAAGAAUAAAAAGAAGUUGGAGCAAGAAGUAGUGAACCUCAGAAGUCAUAUAGAAAUGAAUAUGAUCGAACACAGUCAAGUAGAGCAGUAUAAACGGGAGAUUGAAGAAAAGGCGAGACAGGAUCUCGUGGAGAAAUUAAAGGAAGUCAACCUAUUCUUGCAGAUACAAGCAGCAUCUCAGGAGAACUUAGAGCAGUUACAAGAGAAGAAUAAUGCUUCCAUAAGAAGUCAGAUGGAACUCAGAAUUAAAGACUUGGAAUCUGAACUCUCCAAGGUGAAAACUUUGCAAGAAGAUUCUCAUAAAGCAGAGUUGGAAAAAUAUAAGCAACUCUACCUAGUAGAACUAGAAGUUAGAAAGUCAUUGGAAGGUAAACUGGACAAGACUCAUGAGAGGCUGGCAGUGAUCAGCACCAAACUUGAGGUGGAGAAAGAGCAGAACAGAUCUUUACUCAGCACUCUUAGCACGAGGCCAGUCCUGGAGCCCCCUUGUGUUGGAAAUUUCAAUAAUCCUUUUGUGCUCAAUGGAAAUCUUACUCCAAGAGCAAACCUAGGUUUUUCUACCUCAAUUCCACGCCCUUCAAAUAACAGCAUGGAGACUUACUUGACCAAGAUGCGGCAGGAGUUGGACAGGAGUAUAACUAGAGAACUCAGAGAAGCUGCUGCUGAAUUUGAAUCUGAGUCCUAUGGAUUGUCUCCUGUAGGAGCUACAGAUGGGUCAAAUCUGUCUCAGGACCUGCUUUUGAAAACAUCACAAGAAUAUGUACAGAUUUUGAAGAAAAAAUAUAUGAUCUGAAAGAUAAAUAGUAAAAAUUUCCCUUCUGGACUGUUUUCAUGACAUUUUAGUUUCUCAUUAAACAUGAUGAGAAAAUCUUUAUUAAAGGGAAAUAUUUUUGUGUGUAUGAUGAAAAUUUAUAUGGUAUUUUAAAAAUACUACUUUUAAGUAGUAUUAAUACUACUUUUAAACAGUAGUAUCUAAGUAAUUUUGAUACUAAGUAUUUUCUCUGUAGCUAACUUAAACCAGCACUGUUAAGUUUUCCAUAUUCAAAGUGGAAGUGUUAGUCACUCAGUCGUGUCCGACUCUGCGACCAAUGGACUACAGCCCAGCAGCCUCCUCUGUCCUCCACUAUCUUGUGGGGUGAGCUCAAAUUCAUGCCCAUUGAGUUGGUGAUG